ACUCAAGCCACUGGCCAUUCGUAAUGCAACUGUUGACGCGAACGCUUGCUCGACUCGCCGCGUUAGCUCGAACUUGAAUUGGGAAAACAAGUGUUUGUGGAGAUUUGAGCAAACCUAAAACACAAAUUUGAUUUGCUUAUUCAAAGUGAAAUUUUUAUUUAUUUAAUUAAUUAGCAAAAUCGAUUUGCGCUUGUGGAUUUGUGUUUGUGUGCUGCCAAUAAAAUUUAAAUCUAGAAUUGUUUUUGGAAUUAAUUUGUAUGUAAUUUCGUACGAGGAGCUGAUUAAUAUUGUGCGGGAAACGGGAGAGUGAUAGCGCACAGAUUUUUAAUUACAUACAUACUUACAUAUAUAUCUCUUCUAGUACCGGAUUUCAGUUGUACAUACACAAGCAUACAAGCAAAUAAAUAAGAGAAAAGAAAGAAGUAUUUAAUUUAAAAUAAAAACAAACAAACGCAGCAAGACGAUAGCAGGAUGUCGCGACCGCUGGUCAUUGCGGCGUUUACAUUUUUACAGAUCUUUGCUUUGGUGCGCGCAACUGGUCAUUAUUCUGUAAUUGGACCCGGUACAAUUCGCUCCAACUUCAAAUAUAAUGCCGUUGUAUCGGUACACAAAGCCGAGGGGCCUUGCAAAAUUGAAGUGGGCAUUACGGGACCAUCCUUUAAUGAAACCAAAACAGUAGAGCUGCAACCGAUGUCGACGGAGAAUGUCGAAUUCAAUGUGCCCAAACUGAAAGAUGGUGAAUACAAGUUGGUUGCCAAAGGUGUCUCAGGCCUAACCUUCGAGAAUUCGACAAACUUAAAUUAUGCCGACUACAAACCCUCCACAUUUAUACAAACCGACAAGGCCACAUAUAAACCAGGUGAUUUGGUACAAUUUCGUGUGCUAUUCUUGGAUGAAAAUACACGACCAGCGAAAAUUGAGAAACCCGUGACUAUUGUGAUUAAUGAUGGCGCACAAAAUCGCAUCAAACAGCUCGAAAAUGUCCAGUUGACCAAAGGUGUUUACAGCGGCGAAUUCCAACUCUCCGAGCAGCCUGUGCUCGGCAACUGGAACAUCGACGUCAAUGUGGAAGGUCAGCAGGCAGAAACGAAGUCAUUUGAGGUAGCCAAAUAUGUGUUGCCCAAGUUCGAGGUGACCAUUGAGACGGCCAAAGAUGUAGCCAUACCGGAUGGAUUGAUUAAGGUGACCGUGCGUUCCAAAUACACCUACGGUAAAUCGGUGAAGGGCAAGGCAUCGGUAUCGAUUAAGCCGAUCUAUCAUUAUUAUGGCAUGUCCACUGACCCAGAAGCGAAUAAAACAAUUGAUGUUGAUGGCAAAGGACAUGUAGAGUUUGAUUUGGGCACAGAUCUGGGUAUAAGUAGUGAACGCACCUAUGUACCACCGUUAAAAGUGUUGGCCAUUAUGGAGGAAGAACUGACGGGUAAUACCUACAAUGCAACAGCCACGGUGAACUUACACGCUGAACGUUAUCGCAUAGAAGGUGUCAACGUACCAAACAAUUAUCAUCCCGGCAAACCGACACAAAUCACUGUUGUGGUGAAGAAUGUAGAUGGUUCACCGGUGCGUGAUAACAAAAACAAGGCAACAUUAUUUGUUUUCCCACCACGAGACUAUAUAUAUUCCAUGGAUGAUAGCCGGCGAAAUGAUACACAAAAGUCUGAUAUGGAAUUCGAAUCAAAUUUGGAUGAGCACGGCAUGGCAACAUUCGAGUUUACACUACCCGAUGCUGACCGUUAUUACACCAUCAAAUGCAAUUUCUUAGAUACAACAACAUACCUAAGUUCUCUAUCGAAAUUUAUACCUGCCAUCGAUGGGCCUGAAUUGUUGAAAUUGUCGGUGAAGCCAGAGAAACCACGUCUUGGCAAGCCCGUUACCGUUGAGGUUAAGUCCAGCGAAGCUCUACCAUAUUUUGUCUACGCCAUCGUUGCGCGUGGCAACAUAGUGAAAGCUGAAUAUGUUGAUGUGCCUGAGGGCCGCAAAUCCCAGUCGAUUAAAUUCAUACCCACUUUCGAAAUGGUGCCACAGGCCAAGUUGUAUGUGCAUUAUGUUUUUGAUAACAAUUUACGUUUUGAAGAGAAGACCAUUGAUUUCGAAAAGGAGUUCGAAAAUACGAUCGAUAUCAGCGCUCAACCGCAAGCGAAACCCGGCGAAGAGGUACAGCUACAGAUCAAAACAGAUCCCGAUUCAUUCGUCGGCUUACUUGGUGUCGAUCAGAGCGUAAUUUUGCUGAAAUCAGGCAACGACAUUACCAAGGAUCAAGUAUUCAAUAGUUUAAGCAAUUACGAGGCCAGUACACCAUGGAUGCGAGGAUAUGGCCGCUAUCCCGGUCAACAAGCCGGAGUGGUAACAAUGACCAAUGCCAAUUAUCCCUACAAUGAUGGUCAUAGAAAGAAACGACCGUCAGCGAGCGGUUCCAGUGGUGGCAGAGUACCUAUAAGUGGUGCCUCUGGUCAGCGCCGCGAAACUACAACCGAAAUGUGCCUGUCAACAAGCACCGCCACCGCAGGUCCAUCAAUGAACAAUGAUCUGGGUUUUGAUAAUGAGAUUACAGCAAAAUUACGUGCGCGUCAAAAUUUUUAUGAAAAUUGGCUUUUCGCGAAAAUUGGCUUGGAAAAAUCCACCGAAGGCAAUAACUUCACCCUGACAAAGAAGAUACCCGAUACCAUCACCUCUUGGGUUGUCACCGGCUUUUCAUUGAAUCCGAAAACCGGCAUUGCGUUAACUGCAGAUCCCACGAAGAUACAAGUCUUCCAGCCAUUCUUCGUCUCAACAAAUUUGCCUUAUUCCGUGAAGCGCGGAGAGGUUAUUGCCGUACCUGUUAUCAUCUUCAAUUAUAUGGACAAGGCGUUGGACGCCGAAGUUGUUAUGGAUAAUACAGAUAAGGAGUAUGACUUCACCGAAGCCACCAAUGAGAUUGAGGAGAAUCCUGUGGAUGAAAUUAAACGCAUGAAACGUGUUUCGAUUCCCUCAAAUACUGGUCGCAGUGUCUCCUUUAUGAUACGUCCCAAAAAAGUUGGGCAUAUCACAUUGAAAAUUACCGCCACAACGCCGUUGGCCGGUGAUGCUAUACACCAGAUGCUCAAAGUUGAACCGGAGGGUGUAACGCAGUAUGAAAACCACGCUGUUUUCAUAAAUCUCAAAGAAAAACCGGAAUAUAGCGAGAAGUUGAGCGUUGAUGUGCCAGCCGAGGCUGUACCUGAUUCGGAGUAUAUUGAAUUUUCAGUUGUCGGUGAUUUGCUGGGGCCUACGUUGAAGAAUCUCGAUAAACUGGUGCGCAUGCCUUAUGGUUGUGGUGAACAAAAUAUGGUCAAUUUUGUGCCGAAUAUUUUAGUUCUGCGUUAUUUGGAGGCCACUUCAAACGAUGCACCAACUGUCGUGAAGAAAGCAAAGAAAUAUCUCGAAAUUGGUUACCAACGUGAAUUGACGUACAAACACGAUGAUGGUUCUUACAGUGCAUUCGGCAAAUCCGACAGAUCGGGCAGUACUUGGCUCACUGCUUACGUGAUGCGCUCUUUCCACCAAGCAGCGAAAUAUACCGAUAUUGAUCCGAAAGUUAUUGUCGAAGGUUUGGACUUUUUGGCAUCGAAACAAGCGCCAAAUGGCAGUUUCCCCGAAUAUGGCAAACUCUUCGACUCGGCGCAUCAAAAUGAAAUGGGUCUGACAGCGUUCACAUUGCUGGCAUUCCUCGAGAACGUGGAGCAUGCAGCAAAGUACCAAGUGCAAAUCGACAAUGGCCUGAAAUAUUUGCUAGAAAAUAUCGAUCAAACAGAUGAUCAGUAUUCACUCUCAAUAGCCGCACUAGCUCUUCAACUAGCCAAGAAUCCUCAGGGAGCUGCCGACAAACUCCUAGCUAAGGUGCAAGCACUUGCUAAAGAAGAGAACAAUCGCAAGUGGUGGUCCAAAUCGAAUGAAACAACUCAAACUGAUGACAUCUGGCGUUGGCGUCCACGAAGCAACGAUGUUGAGAUCACUUCAUAUAUACUGCUGGCGAUACUCGAUAAAGAAGGUGCCGAAAAUGCUUUGCCCAUCAUCAAGUGGCUAAUCGCACAACGUAACAGCAAUGGUGGAUUUUCCUCAACACAAGAUACAGUGGUAGGCUUGCAAGCGCUCAUAAGUUUUGCUGAGAAAACCGGUUCGGGCAGUGGUGAGAUGGAUAUUGAAUUCGUAUCAAGUGGUGGCGAGGAUAAUAAGGGUAGCAUCAAGGUGAAUCCAGGAAACUCCUUGGUGUUGCAAACACAUGUCCUACCAAAAACAACACGCCAAGUCGAUUUCACCGCCAAGGGUACCGGCUUCUCUAUGGUGCAAUUGUCCUAUCAUUAUAAUUUGGCGAACAAAGAUAAGAAGCCAAGUUUCCAGGUGAAAACAAACAUCAAGAGUGAUAAGCCCACUUUGGUUCUCGAAGUGUGCGCCGAAUUUGUGCCAGUCGAAGCUGAUGAGGAGAAGAAAGAAUCCAAUAUGGCUGUGAUGGAGGUAGCACUACCAUCAGGAUAUAUAGCCGACGACGAUAGUUUUGGAGAUAUUGAAGCGGUGGACCGUGUUAAGCGCACCGAAACGAAGAAUUCCGAUUCGACUGUGAUUGUCUACUUCGAUGGCCUGGUACCCGGCGAUGCCAAAUGCAUACCCGUUAAGGCCUCCAAAGCACAUGCGGUGGCCAAGCAAAAGCCCGUGCCUGUGACUGUCUAUGAUUACUAUGAUACUAACCAACGCGCCACCGAAUAUUACCAAGUGCAGACGUCACUCUGUGAUAUUUGUGAGGGUGAUGAUUGCGGUGCGUCAUGUCAAAAAAUGAAGGAAACUCAAAACCAAGCAUAAUCUUCAUACUCGUACUGAGUUCUUAUUGUAAAUAAUUAUAGAUUGGUUUGCAUAUUCAUAGUUUGGAUAUUUCUAUACAUUUGUAUGUGCUGAAAAGAGAUUUUAUAUAAAUAAAUUUUGUAGGAAAUUUCAUCACAAAAGA